UUCAGAGCUUCAGAAAGACUCAGAGCUUCACACAGUCCAGUGUUUGGGAUGAACUUUGCGCUGGGCUACAAACCUGUGCAGCUGGAGGAUUCGAGCACCAUGGAAAACCUGGAGAAGCAGCUCAUCUGCCCCAUCUGCCUGGAGAUGUUCACCAAGCCUGUGGUUAUACUGCCCUGCCAACACAACCUCUGCAGGAAGUGUGUCAACGACGUCUUCCAGGCUGCCAACCCCCUGUGGCAGUCUCGAGGGUCCAGGUCUAUGUCCACGGGGGGGCGGUUCCGCUGCCCGUCAUGUCGUCACGAAGUGGUGUUGGACCGUCAUGGUGUGUAUGGCCUACAGAGGAACCUGCUAGUAGAGAACAUCAUAGACAUCUACAAACAAGAAGAGUCCAGCAGGCCCCUGAACCCCACCAAGCUGGAGCAGCAGCAGCUGAUGUGUCAGGAGCAUGAUGAGGAGAAGAUCAACAUCUACUGCCUGAGCUGUGAGACGCCCACCUGCUCCAUGUGCAAAGUGUUUGGCCAGCACAAGGACUGUGAGGUGGCCCCCUUGCAGAACGUCUACAAGAGACAGAAGACGGAGCUGAGCGACAGCAUCACCAUCUUGGUGGCGGGGAACGACCGUAUCCAGGCCCUCCUCUCUAAAAUGGAGGAGAUCUGCAGGACAAUCCAGGAGAACGGGCGUCGUCAGAAGCAGAGUCUGUGUGAUAAGUUUGACGGGCUCUAUGCCAUCCUGGAGGAGAGGAAGGAGGAGUUGGUGGGGAUGAUCAGCCACCAGCAGGAUGACAAGCUGGGUUACGUCCACUCCCUCAUGCGUCGCCACGGAGACCACCUGGAGGGUUCCGUCAAGCUGGUGGGGACAGCCAUCCAGUCCAUGGAGGAGCCACAGAUGGCCGUGUUCCUACAGAGCAUCAAAGAUAUAUUUAAACAGAUCUCUGCCACUGCCAAGGCGUCCAACAUGGAGCGUCCAGAGCCGGGUUAUGAGAGCAUGGCCCAUUUUGUCGUCAACACAGAGGAUGUGGCAGACAUGCUAAGGACCAUUGACUUCAACACAGGUUCCCAGGGAGAGGAUGGAGAGGAUGGUUAUGAUCUGGAUGAGGGGGGUCAGGACCUGGCAUCACUGGCAGCGGUGGACGUAGACUAUGGGAGAUACCAGUAGUUGAAAAGGAUCCCUCAGGUUAAUAUCAAAAAACAAACCAGCAUAUAGUAUGCUGCUCCUCUGCUUUAUUCCUGUACCCACAUUUACAACAUUUAGGCUACAAACCCAAAGGCUUUUAUAUAUAGUUUCUUAUGACAUCAGUCUUAAACAUUGCCCUAAAGGCUGAAAUCAAGUGUUUCUUGUCCAGAAUAUGGAUCACUUGUCUUGUUUACCUCACAGCAUACUCAUUUCAAAUGGAAAGACGAUGCAUUAUUUUUCCUCUGUGAUCAAUCAAUUCCAUAUUCCCCUAGCUACCUCCAAAUGUACAACGAUCCAUCUUAAAACCAAAGAGACCCUUCAGCCUCACAGCGUCACUGUAACAUGCCAGAGAUGAAUAAACUGGAAGCACACAUUUCAUGAAUGGCCACGGUCAGAUAUUCCAGCGCUGUUAAAAAGGCCAAAAGCUCUGCCUCCUGGUGCCUUGGGACCUCAGCUUGAUAGGUAGUGAAGAAUAGACCUUUCCUGCAUCUCCAGGGACACACAUACACACACACAUACAUCUGAGCCAU